AGAGAUGUCUGAUUUACUGUUGUUCAACCAAUUUCGUGUUUGAUAGAAACCCAGUUUCUUUUGAUGUGCAAUUAUCCAGUUUCGAUCUUAAUUUUGUCUACAGUUUGGGUGCUACUGAAAAAGUCUUUGUUCCAGAUCUAUUUGUUCUUCGUAAACGAAGUAUAUUUUCGUUUCUCAAGGAAGGAAGAAGACCGUUUGUGGGCAAGUUUCUGUUGCAAACCGUAACCAAAUGUAUGGAUAGAGCCUGGCCUGGUAUUGGAGAAGAAGCUCUGAAAGGUAGCAUUGAGAAUAAGAUUCAUGGGCAAGAUGGUGAUGGAACAAAGAUCGUUGAUGGGAAAUUGUAUCCAGAAAAUAUGGUGAUAACUUCAAAGUUCUCCUUAUAUUUUCGUGAUAAUGUUGGUAUGAGAAAGUUCGGAAGCUGGAGAAGAAGUACAAGGAGGUCGGGUUCUGUUCGUGCUUGCAUUCUAGGAUUUAGGCACUUGGAAGGACUCACAUUAAAUAUCUUGGAGGCUAGUGCUUUUGAGGGAUCAGUUUUCACUCACUUAGAUGUCAAACCAGGUAUGGUUGUCAAGGGGAAGGUAAACUCUGUCGGGGACUUUGGUGCUUAUGUGCAGCUAUCAACUGGUGUGAAGGAAUUUUGUCCUCUUACACACAUGUCAUAACUUGAAGUCCCAAAGCCUGAGAAGAAAUUCAAGGUCAAGCCACAACUUGCUAUUCUUAGUUCAUUUGACUAUGCUACCGAUGGACUGAUAACACAUGGAUGGAUCAGAAAAGUUGAAACACAUGGGUGAUCUAUGAGCUUCUACAAUGGAGUGCAAGGAUUUGCUCGCCAUUUAGUUGUUAUAUAUAACCGAUCCCUUGUUGUGAUGCAGAGGUUAAACUUGCAUACAGUUCAUUCUUGUGCAUUUGUGCAUAUGCGAUGAUCUUAGUCAGCACUAUGCUAUAUAAUUGCAUUUCAUGAUUUCUUCAUAUUUAUUUAGUGUGUUAAAAGUAUCAUUUGUAUAUGAAAUUAGUUCGUGGAUAAAGAGUAACCAGUUUUCCUUUUUCAAGGACAUAACUUGACAACUUCUCUACCUUAUCUUUUUUUGGUAAUUAUUAUAGAUAGCUUUGAUGAUUAUCUACUUUAUAAGCCUCCUAAUAUAAUAUUUAAUUAUCGUUUCUUUAGCUAUUUAUUCCCUCUCUUAACCAGGUCUGAACUUGGAUUAGACCCAGGCUGCGAGGCAGGUUCAAUAUAUCAUGCUGGACAAGUCGUGAAAUGUAGGGUGAUGAGUGCAGUUCUUGCUUCCCGGAGGAUCAACAUUUGUUUUCUUAUGUCUCCAACAAGGGUGCACUGAUGUCAUGGUUGAUGGUAAGACUGCUGUUCCUGCUGGAUAAGGAAAUUUUGGAAAAGUUUGUGCUACUGCAAUUCUGUUCUCAAGCAUGUUGGUGCCAAGGUCAUAAUGACAUUGUUAAAAGUUUUAGGACUUGUAUCACUUCUCUUUAAGAGACCUUGAACUUGUUAAUUAGCAGCUGAAUCCUUCUUUCUUUUUAUGAGUUUGGACUAAAUUUAUGAGUAAAAUUCAAUGUAAUUGAGUUGUCAUUUUGUAUUAGAUGAAUCUGGUUUUUAUUUGGAAUUUGAAUUGUCAUUUGAA